AUGUCGCGCGUCCUCGUCGCCCUCGUUCGGCCUCUUUUCCUCCUCUUGGCGCUUUGCUUCACGUCCUGGAGCGUGGACGUUCCACUUGAAAGGGGAUUUGAAGUCACUGCUAAUCUCCACUCGGACUUUGCCCAGCACUACUAUCGACUAUUCACGCGAGGCGGCGACGUCGCGUCACUGGGACACGUGCGCUCGGAUGCGCUGCCUCGUGAGCUGCAGCAGACGCUUCGUCGCUAUUCGCUGGUCUUCAGCGACUUGCCCGGGCUCUUGCAACGCGCGAUUCUAUGGGAUGCUGGCUACGUCCUUACGUCGACGCACUCGCUCGUGAAGGUUUACACGCGCUGUGGCCGCUCAAUGGCCGAGCUGGUCGUCCCGCCGAAAGCAGUGGAGCGCUUGAAGUGUCCCGUUCGCGAGUGCGUUUUACCGGACGGAAGGGUCUUUCACCGGUCUUUAGAUUGCAAGGCGUCGCAGCUUUUACGAGCUGUGCAGUGUGCAGUUGACGUCGCUCAAGACGUGUCGCCACCUGCGUAUGCAGCUGCAUGGGGAGACGGCAUCGACUUGGACACGGUGCCGGAAGUGACGGUGCUACGUCAUGUAGCUACUGCCAACGACAAUGGCACGUCGCAGUUGAUCUUUGCACUGCAUACGACCAAGCACGAAGUGGCUUUGACGCAGUGUCCACUCACGCCGGCCAUGGUCAUCCCUUGUGCACCGUACACUAUCGAGAAUCAAUCGAGAUUCUGUCCACCAAGACCUGGGGAGGUCGCGUCCGUAUGGCUUGCCAGGUUUGCAGCAGACGAGAAAGAAGACAAGACGUGGCUGCUCGUGCCGUUGUGUAUUGUCACGUUCAUGACGUUCACCACCGUCGCAGUGUAUCGCUACAAGUCGGCGUUGCGUCACGAAGCACAGCGAGAAGUGGAUCUCUUUAUGCGAGAAAACCAGCAUCUGUUUGACAAUGGCGCAGUGGAAGCGUUCCUGGUUCCGAAACGUACGACAAGAGACGAACGCUCACGUUCUGCAGGAAAGGGUCAUCAGCAGUUGCUGUCUCGCUCCUCUUCAUGCAGUCGAAACAGUGAUAGCAGUGCUUCUAGCUCUCGAUCUUCAGCUGAUGCAUCCGAGAUGCCUCGAAGCUUUGACGAUGGGCUCCAGAAUGCCGAAGCCUUUGAGCACUUUGACGCCACCAUUGGGUUGUCAGCGUCUGCGUUCGAUCCGUUGCUAGCAUCGAGCGCUCAGCUUGAGCCGCUGCAAAUUGAAUCGGACAAGAGUCUUCAAGACGUUGAAAGCAGGAACGAGUUGGUGGCACGAAAGAACGAGCUGGUCAUCCGGAGCUUCCGCUUGUUCGAGUCACAUCGUAAGAUCCGUCGCUUGCGACUUCCGCUUGGAGAUCUGCAACUAUUACGACCGUUAUCACGAGGCGCAACUGGAGAAGUCUGGCUGGCACUCCGCAGCAACACGCAAGUGGCGAUCAAGCAGCUCGUACCUGAAAAGCGUCGAGUACUGCAUGAAAUCGAGAUGUUUCUCGCCGAGAUCUACCUCAUGGUGCAGCUGAAACACCCGCACAUUGUGACGCUGAAUGGCAUUGCUUGGAACACACUCGAGCACGUGGUCAUGGUCCAAGAGCACAUGGAAGGCGGUGAUCUACAGCAGUUCUUGGCCAAACAACUGGCUAACAACAGCACGUCAAUUAGCUUUGGCAAUGCACUUGGGAGGCGGUCAGGUUCCGUAUUACCACAAGUCGAUGAAGCUGCUGCGGGUGCUGCCACGUCUUCCGGGUCUUUCGGUGGUGGCAAUGUUGCUGGAGCUGGACUCGGUACUUUGGCUGGGGGCAUGCUACACUCGACGCAUUCAAACCACUUUACGUGGUCGAAGCAAAAGCUGGCUAUUGCUCAAGCGGUCACAAGUGCAUUGACGUACUUGCAUGCCCUGACACCAAAGGUCCUCCAUCGCGACGUCAAGUCCCGCAAUGUGCUUCUCUCGUCUUCCCUCGACGCGAAGCUGUGCGACUUUGGCAUCAGUCGACGCAAGUGCAUGGGCAACGAGGACGGAAAGACGAAUGUCACUGCGACCGCUGCAGCUGGCACGUUAUCGUGGACUGCACCUGAAUUGCUGCUAGGCGAAGAGUACUCGGAGAAGGUGGACAUUUAUUCUCUUGGCGUGCUCCUGAGCGAGCUGGACACGUGCACGUUGCCGUACCAUGACUUAGCUUCCCUAGCUGAGCGACUGGUACAACAUCCGUUACGCUUGAUGCGUCGCAUCAUUGACGACGGUCUUCGUCCCCAACUCUCGGCGGACUGUCCAGUGCCAAUCACGCAUUUGAUUGCAGCGUGUGUGGCGCGCAAUCCAAAGCAGCGACCUCAUGCAGCUGACGUGGGUGCCUGGCUUGCCAGUGCUCGUGGAGAGAGACUGCUUUGUACUCGCACGAGUGUACUGAUCCCUUGA